GUAAAAGUUUUCCGAUGUCAAAACAAAAUUGAAAAAACUUAAACGAACACAAAGCGAAGUAUAUUCGUAAUUUAUUUCAUACAAAGGGAAACCACGAAAAUUCUUUUUACGAUUAAAAAAAGCAUGGAAAGUGGAAAAAGAAACUGUUGAAAUUGUAGUUUGCUGUAAUAUGGACGAAUUUAAUUUUGCUAAUGGCGUUCCCGCUGUGCUUACACGCCAUAUAGUGCUGCAAAAAUAUGUGAAUGCGCUUCGCCACUUUCGUAAUUUAUCUGAAAACUCAUUCCAAAUACGACCCUUUUAUUUCGAUAAUUACGUGUUAUGGCAGUAUUUUCAACAACAAAGCUCACUGGAAACGGAUCGCGAUUUGGAUAUAAGAAACUACUCAACACCAUCUUCUUUAGCAUUUCUUAAAUUAGAGCUGCUCAGUCAGAUCCUUGAUCGCCGUCGGCAAAUUCUUUAUUGGCUGUUUUAUCUUAUGUUACUUUCACUGUGCGUAUUUGCUUAUCGCCAUCGGAAUGACUCACUAUACACCGAAGCAUCAUUGUCAGCACCAGGAGAACAGAGUGUUCAUUCAUUUGUUUAUCCCAGCAUGCGAAUGUGGCGUCGCAUUACACUGCCAUUGUUGCAACGUUUCCCACGACUUACAGAAUUGUACGACGAGUCGUGCCUCAUGCAAAAUCCUUUCUUCCAAGGUGUAAAUGCACUCAAUUGUGAUCCUUGUUCCAAUGUAGAAAGUGUACUUGAUUUAACAGCAGAGACAGCAAUACAUUAUGAGGACUCUAACAAAUCUCAAAAUGAACGCAGUAAAAAGGACAGUACAGCCGAUAUGUCAAAUGAAUUUGUGCCUUUUGUAUUUAAGAUAAAACAAGAACCAAUUCAGCUCGAGGAUUUCUACAAUGUUUAUGUCAACAAUCAUGAGAUCUUCCUGCGUGACGCUUAUCGCGUGCAAUCGACUAAUCGUGACGUGACCAACCUUGAGGAGCUCUUCACCAAAUUCAAUCACUCACAACGUAAAGAAGAGCCCAUGCAUAACUUAGAGACGCAUAACAUGUGGCGCUGUAAUCGUAUGUUGCCGGCACGCCUAUUACGUAAACUGUUUGCAAGCCCAACUUUGCGUCUGACCCGUACCGGCAUAGCGCUGGAACGGUACAUGGCCAUCGAUACAGCUCAAGCUCCCGCGUACACCUUGCCCGACACCGAAUGUGCAAAUGUAUACGUGCAACAAGCGCUUGGAACUCGUUAUAUUUUUCUACGUCCAACAAGUGAAUGUCGACAUCAUUGCCGAACAUUGUCAUUACGUUUACCACAAUCUUUCGUCCUCAGCUACAAUUGGCAAUAUUGGAAACCAAUUUCUGCCCCCGACCCUAUACACGAUUCGUACUCAAUUACACUAAUUGGGUCUUAUUGUUAAGGUCUUGUGUCAUAUUUACUCAUAUUUUUACAUCUAAAACCGGAGCGGGAAACCGAGUCACACUAACACAAUUUAUCCAUCUACAUACGAAUGAGGUUUAAGAAAAUCGCACUGCACCUCAUUAAUCCAUUCAUGGAGAAAAUAUACAUUUCAAUAUUCAUAAGUAAUACAGAUGACUCUGGAGAAAUGGAUUAAAAUAAUCAAAAAGUUAGUCGAAAUGUGGAUUCAGUUUAUCACGCGAAAGAGUUCAAUAGGCAUUUAGCUAAUAAAUAUUUUUUAGUUGAUGAAAAUCAAAAAAUUGGGCAAUUCCAGUGCUUAUUAAAAGAUCCGAUUCGAAAUUGAUGUUGUUGUUGUUGUAGCAGCAUAAACAUUCCCCUUACUUAUAUGCUGCUGGAGUGACAGUCCUUGGCCGGAUAUAAAUCCGAGUCGUUUCGGUAACGUAGAACUGUCGUGGAAACGAAAUCGGUCAUUUUGUUCGCAUUCGUCAUGAAAAUAUUCAAAAAAGGAGUCAUGUAAAGGAUUAAUUACAGAUCUAAGUUGCCGACAAUGUGAAAAUGAAAGUGAUCAGCACAUUUGCAUUUAUACAUCUUAAUUUGUUUUUAUUUCAAAACAAUUCUGCCUAUAAUAUAGCUAUAAGAUUUUCCUUUUAUAAUAAACAUGAUUUUAAUUUUACAUUUAAGAAUACGAAUUAUCAAGAAAUAUAUGACUAAGUUUUAUUUUCGAAAAUGAA